ACUAGAGUCACAGGCCAUAACCCGGCCUUUAUCCACAGCCACAAGGUGGGACUUAAAGGCGUAGCAGAGCCUUGCCAAAAAGAACAGCCAGAAAAAUGGCGACGGCGACGGCGAUAGUGUCGUUUGGUUUCAGAUGUCCUCCGGCAAGCUAUUCUUCCUCCCGUGUCUCUUUCGGCUCAGUUCACUUUGCACCGUUCAACAAGACGAAACUGACCUCGUUAAGUAGCAUUUCUGGAUGUGGCUCAAUUGUUCCUUUAAGGCUGUGCACCGGCUCUCCUCUUCCUCAAAGGAUUCGUCCUCUCACCGUUGUAUCCGCUAAAGGCUACAAAAUGAAAACUCACAAGGCAUCAGCGAAGCGGUUCCGAGUGACAGGUCGAGGAAAAAUAGUGCGCAGGAGGGCUGGAAAGCAGCAUUUGCUGGCCAAGAAGAAUACAAAGAGAAAAUUACGACUCUCCAAAAUGCAUGCAGUCAGCAGGAGUGACUAUGACAACGUAAUCGGAGCCUUGCCAUAUCUGAAAGUAAACAGGCAGGCUAAAUAGAGGUUAUGCCUGCUAUUCCUUGUCAAAGCCUGUGUACUUCCGCGUUGCUUCUUGGCAUUCCCAAUCCAGUGGGAGUCUCUUGUACUUUACGUGAAGGGGAUAGCUUGUUGUCUUAUUUUUCAAAUGAAGUCAGGUAGUUUGGCGACUUUAGUUCAUCCCCCUGUACCAUAAAUCUAUUGUUAUAUUUGUAUUCAAUUAUAUAUCAUUGCAUCUUCCACCCUACUAUUGCUUGCCCUGGCAGCUCUCCGUAUUAUUUAUAAUUUACUCUAGCCACUGGACUCUGUUAGUGGUGGAAUCAGAGUUCAUAACAGUUUGGUUUA